UUUUUAUUUUUAUUUUUUUUUUAAUUUUAUUUCUUUCCUUUUCUUCAACCAUGCCAUGUCGUUUCCACAACAAACCAUGACAUUUGAUUCUCACCGUAUGGAUAGUACACACAUCACUAUUAACCCACCGAAUCAUUCACCUAGAAAUAGCGACAAUAGCAGCAGUCAAAGUAGUCAUUCUUCCUCUCAUUCGCCGUCUGGGCGAUCACUUAGAGAAAUAAAACAACAACAACGGCAGCAACAACAGGCAUUACUGGAUUCUUUUGACGAUCUGGAUCGACAAUGGGAACAGAAAUACAAUCAAGAUCAACAUGACCAACAAAGACGACAAGAGCUGAUGCAUGCAGGUUCAUUGUCCAUUUAUAAUAGUACAUCGAGGACUUCAGCACUCCAUUUGGAAGAUAGCGACACUACUACUACUACUUCUACAAUGACAGACUCUUAUUAUUGGACGAGCUGGACAUCUCCUUAUGCCGAAUGCCCUUAUGUCACCAACAAUCUCCACCUUCCUGUGCCAAGAGCGUUACCACGUUGUUUUACUUAUGACUGUAUGGAUGAUCACGAUAAGAAUAGGUUUGAUACCAUGGUGAACCAUCUACGACCCUAUCCUUUCCGACCACGCGCACCACACACACGACGAUUAGAACGCAAACCCAAUGAGAUGGACAACUACAUCAACGUACAACCAGGCAGAUCAUCUCCAUUACAUUCGCCAUAUCCUAAACGACAUAGUCUUGAUAGUAGUCAGAUAGAUCGACUGGCUCGCAGUAGGACGGUAGAUGACGACCUUGAUUCUUUAUCAAGACAUCCUGGAUCUUCCUUCUUUUCAUCUUCAUCAGAUAUCGGUACAAUGGAUCAACAUACGCGAGAGGAUGAUUGGCAUCGCCUUGAUUUGGAAGGUCGAAUUCAAUGGCUUACUCGUGGUUUUUAUGUGCUUCAUCCUCAAGAUACACAGUCUUCACCUCCAUCUACCUUCUCUACAUCUCCACCCACAUCUCUUUUAUAGAUGACCCUUCUCUUCCUUCUAGUUGUAGUAUUAUUAUUAUUUUUUUUUUUUUGUAAAUAAAGUUUUCUUCGUUCAGAUACACCACAU